AUGGUUCUCCCCGUUCUUCCUCCUCUCGCUAGCUGGGUCAAGUCUCAGCUCAGCACUGUCAUCCAAGCCAGGAGCAAGCAGGACGCUCUCGCCGCGUUCGACAAGGCAUUUGCUUCGCCCGUGAACGCCACGGUGAACGGCAAGCAUCUGUCGCGCGAGCAGUACCUGCAGCAGGUCUUCCCUCUGUGGACGUACUUGGCUCCCGCUGCUGCGACUGUUACGUUCAAGGACGAUACCGCGGGCGAAGAUGCACAGCAAACUGACGGUACCGUGGGGCUCUUCUACACGGCGACAUUCAGCUCUGGUCCCCUGGUCUUCGACACUCCGUCUAUCGUCCACAAUGUCUCCUCCUCAAUCAACGUCCUAGUUGAGCCUACCCAGCACCGCGAUAACAACAACCCCAACGAGUUCUUUGACCCUCGCCGCAUCGUCUCAGUAAACCAGGUAUUCAACAUCACCACGAUGCCUGUCAAGGAAACGCCCCCAACUGCUCAGUGAUGGCUGGGUAUGGGUACGCUAUAAGAUAAUCACGAGAUGUGUGGAAAGACUCCCAUUGUAUAAUACUUGCUAUAACGAUUUAUCAUGCUC